AUGGCGUGCAACAACGAAGGAGUAAAAAAAUUUGUGCAGAAAAUUAUAGACGAAAAUGUCAUUGCGGUAUUUGCGAAAACGGAAUGCCCGUACUGCAUUAAGGCCAUCUCCAUUUUGAAAGGAUACAACGUAGCCAACAUGCAUGUAGAACAAAUCGAGAAGAACCCAAACAUGGCGGACAUCCAAGCCUACUUAAAAGAAUUAACAGGAAAGAGCUCCGUGCCGCGGAUAUUCAUCAAUAAGGAGGUUGUCGGCGGGUGUGACGACUUGGUGAAGGAGAAGGAAGAGGGAAAGCUCCAAGAGCGCCUGAAGAAACUGGGUAUUCUCAGUUAA